UUCUAUUCAAUGUGAACUAAAUUGAUACUGAAGUGAGCACUGAAAGGAAAAAUAUUGUUUGACAUGGAUGAGCCUGAAGAGGUCGCUGUAAUCACUAACAAGGUCUUGUACGCAACUUCAAAUGACUUGGUUUAAUUUUAUUGCCAGAAUUAGCUCAUCUGAUAUGAUGAAUUGCAACAUUUUGGAACAUAUAAUUUGGACAUGCCAUCUAGGACUAGCAGUGUACAAGUAGUAGAUUGCAAUUUUUAUCUAAAAAUGUGUGUAUGAGCCACGGGUGAUUCUAUAAUUGUAGGUACAUCGCGGUGUCCAAAGAUAAGUUGACGUGUCAUUUUUUCCCCUGCUUUUUUCAAAUGGUUAUAUUUUUUAUUAUUUUAAUAACUUGUUACUCAUUGUCAAGGAUCACAAGAUGUUACAGGCAAUAUAUACAUAAAUCGUAUAUAGCUGAAAAUCAUGAUUUCUUGAUGUCCGUUACCAUCAAACAUUGUUACCAGAAUGUGUGUACCAGAAUUGACUGUCAUGUAUGUGUAUGUGAGAGAGGGGAAGAGAGAAUAUGUGUUUCUCUGUGUAGGACUGUCAGUUCUGUUACAUACUGUCAACACUGUUACUGUUCCUUGGUAAUGGAGUUUGACGGUAAUGGAAUUGACACUGAAUAAUUCGGACAAGAAAUCAUGAGCAUUUCUUAAGAAAUGAGCUAUAUAAGAAAAAAAAAAUGUUUUUACACAUUUGUUUUAGUGUUUUUGCUUUUUCACAGAACAAAGACAACAUGAGGAAAAAAGAAUAGAUAAUUAUAAUAAUAAAAAAGAACUAUGACAAAACAACAUUUGAGGGACAAAUGCAUACAAAGCCAAAUUAUCAUUUGACUGGACAGGUAAUUCUUAAGCAGGAUACAAAUUCGUAAAUGUACAGUCACUUAAUCCUAUAUUAAAAUAAAAUGUCUACUACCCUUAUGACUCAUAAGAAUGACUGGUAACAAUGAUUGUGUAUAAUACAAAAAAAAAAAAGAGAUAAAGUGCAUUAUCCUGACUUGUCAGCUGUCUAAUAAAACUUUAGGCACAACAUUAAAUACAUAUCAAUAAAUACAGAGAGAUUACACUCCAUUACUAAUAACUUUGGCAUUAACAGGGGCCAUUGGCUAUGAGUGCACUACAUCAAUUAUCAUAAUAUGUUCUAAAAUUUGUCCCCAAAUUUGAUCAAAUACCUCAGAUUUAUCAUUGUUAAUGUAUCUCAAUCUCUCCAAUGCAAGCAUGUUUACAAGAUCUCUACCCCACAUUUCAAACUUAAAAAUAUAACCAUUUGAAAAAAGCAGAAAUAAAUGAGAGGAACUGGGGCGGCCACCCCGCUCAAAACUGCUGUUUCUGUCUGCUUUUUUUGUUGACAAGAAUUGCGUUUAUUUAAACGCAGAACCGUCACUUUAAGACUACAAAAAAACGGGAGACUUUUCAGACGCGCACUGCAACUUCGCCUCAAGUGCCAGGCGCAAGUCAAACGCGCGCGGAAACGAUACAGGUGCCGAAUGAGCUUCAGCAGAACAACGGUGAAUGGCGAACAUUAUAUAUAGCUUACGUAAAUGUUUCUCAACUUCACUUUUCAAUCGCGCAAAUACGGCGCGCUGCAUAUUACCUACUCACUAUAAAUAAAGCGCAAAAAAAACUACGAUCAUGGAACGUCGUAGUUCUGUCGUCUAUUAAGUCAUGAAAUAACCAAAAAGGCGAUUAAAACUGUGCAUGCAUGUAUGUAGGCCUAUUUGAGAUAUAUACGUCACAUGUCUCUGGACUCAAAUAUUCUGAUAUGUGAGAUCACAAUAUAAGCUGAUAUGUAAUUUUUUAAUGCAUAAAUAAAUGUGAGAACUGUGCAUUUAUAUUAGAAGAUGCUUGCGUUAAUUUAUAAACUACAAACAAAAAUGAUCACAUUUAAAUGCAUAAAAUAAUUAAUUUUACAUUCUGGCAUUUAUGUGCUGUCAAAAGAGAACACUUUUUUUUCUUUCUACGGAGUUUAAUUUAGGUAUGAUAGAACUGUUGCAAAUAUUUAUUUUGACAAUACAGAAAGUUAAACAUUUAGUGUUUACUUUUUUGGUUAGUUUUUGAAACAGACAAACUCAGAAUUGUUGAAGUUCAUUGAUUAUAUAGUAGUCAACAUUUGAAGUGGAUCAAAACCUUUCAUCAAAGUUGUCCUAAAACCUUCUUCUUAGGACUUUUUUAGUACUUAGGACAACAUUGAUGAACUUUUUUGAUCCACUUCAAAUGUUGACUACUGUACAUAAAAUUAAAUGAAGGUUGAAUAAUCUUUGAACUACAGUAUGUAGUUAUCUGCAUGUCUCAUCCAUGGAGAUGCAACAAUGGAGAACAAGCUAUUUGGGGGUUUUGAGAACCCAGAACUGACUGAACAGGUUGAAAUUUAGCUAUAGUGUGAGCCACUUUUAAUAUGCCUGCAAUUGAGGAAUGCAAAAAAAAAAAAAAGGAAAAAGGUCAAAUUCACUCAGCAUUCCAUGAUCUAACUCACUAUCUCAAUUACAAUUAAGUACAAAUUAACUGUAUUCAGUUGUGUUGUAGGCACAGUUCAGUACUUUAUAGUGAAGUCAGAGUCAUUUUUAUGUUUUAUGUUCUGUGCCACCCCAGACUGGUUGCUGGCCCUGCCUGGCUACCCUUAUGAAAAAAUCCUGGCUCUGGCACAUGAUUAAUUAGGUUAGACCAGAGCCAUAGAGAGAUCUAUGAUCUAUAUCUCUAUAUGGCUCUGGGUUAGACUAAGGGUAGGCUACGUUUACACGACAACGAUGUAGGCCUAUAAAAGCAAAGUGACCUUGCUAACUACUGGCCUGGCAUGGAUAAUACAGUGUUUUUGGUCGUUUUCGCGGAUCCGUGACCGUGUGAACGAGGAUUGUCUUCUGUACGCGAAAAACGCAAAGGAAAAACGUUUAGGGUAGACCAGGUACAGUUGGUACACUUUUUGCUUUCACCGUUACCACACCAAAAUUAUGGGACUGAAAAGAAGUGAAACGAAGUGAUUUUUCAUAUGACAUUUCUUUUACUUGUCUACUAAAAUAUUAUUAAUAAUUAACAUCCAUAAGUAGGUCAUAUUUUUCACAAUUAGCUCAUAAACACAAGAAGCUUUUUUGUUCCAACUGUACCCAUGUCGAAAACAGUCAGGUACAGUUGAAACAGUACCCUAGUACAGUUGAGACACCCAUCCGGAAUGCUGUAAAGCUGCCUAACCAAUUCACUGCAAAUGUAAAAUACCUUUAAAAAAUGAGAAUUUAACAGUUUUUAUUUCCAUUUAGUAUUUUAUUUUAUUAUUUUGUUUAGUUAAAAGUAGUCCAUUUGUAAAACAUUGUGCAGUAAUGGCAAACAGUGAUACAAUAUUUAAUUUUAGGCCAUAAAUUUAAUAUUAACAGUUGAAAAGUUGAGUAACAGUAAAAAAACAUUGAACAAUUGCAAACAGCAAUAAUAAAACAGAUGAAAUCUAUUAAUUUUAAUAGAUUAAUAGAUCUUAAUAGAACUUGCAUCGUGCAACUAAACUGCAUGGGCCGCAAUAGGAUUCUAUGGUGCGGGUACAUUUGAUACACUGUGUCUCAACUGUAGACCACCUCGAACAUUUCUCUAGAUUUUACGAUGACCUUGUAUGACACAAAGUCAUGCAAUAUGUCAGUGUUUAGAGCACAAAAUAAGGUUUACGAAAAUGUAAGUUAACUUUAACAGUCAUGUAAGGAUGAGAAGCUAUUCAAUGUGGAAGCGACGUGGUGAAGUGAAAAAAUUACCUUAGAAAAAAACUUUCGCCGAUAUCUUUGAACUGGACUGUUGACUGGCAUGUACUUCAAAUUUCACACGAUUGAAGAGGGCGCUAAUAUGCAUGUGCUAAGAAAAUUUCACAGAUCAGACUUGUUGCGAACGCAAGUUAUUUAAGGUGUUUCAACUGUACCCUAUAACCAACUGUACCUGGUCUACCCUACGUUUUUAGUAGGCUACAUCGUUGACGCGUGAACGUACCCUAAAGUCCGCAUACUCAUCCACACGUCCCUUCGUUUAGGCUACCUAACAGGUGUCUCUGAUUUGAUAGACGUGCUAAUUGUAGACAUAAGAUCUUAUAUAUUUCAGGUGCUUGAAAUAAGCCGGGCUUUUGCGACACACUACUGUGACGUGGUGUGGUGCGUAUGCAAAACUGUCUUGUCGAAUGGCGUUUAAAGAGAAACAGACCCUUAAGUGUUUUCUUCUUAUUUGGCUUAUCUUUAUUAAAGUUAGUGGUUUUGUGGUAUUUAACGAGGGAAAAAAGCAUAUUUCAGUGGGCCCUUCUAACAAGAAUGCACGAUCAAGGCAGUCAUUUGAUCGAGGGAACAAGAGGCCGAAAUCUGGAGAACGGGUUGGGCGCCUUCUCAUUUGGCAAGACCAAGCUUCGAAUUCUCAUGGUGAUGGUAGUGACAGUUUUUCUUCGGAUCUUGGUUCUCAAAGUCGACCCGAUGAGAACGAGUACCAAUCAGAAGAUUCAGGCUGGAUGACGUUGCAACCUCUUUGGGGACAGGUUUAUGAUCUGAACACCCUGUAUACUCCAGCAGUAGAAAGGCUACUUGAAAUGAAACCCAAAGUAGAUUGUGUUGGAGAUUUGAUGAAACUGACAGUUCAUGGACAAGAGGCUCCUUUUGGGUCCGGCUUUCUUAUUGAUAGAGGAAGCAUUCCACCACUUCCAUUGUCACGGUUGCCUUCAGAUUGUGGCCAUAGAUUUCUGAGAACAUGGAGGGACUUUGUUUUCAUUAUACCAUAUGAUGGAUGUUAUGUAUCACAAGAGAGAAACACUUUUAUUCUUCCCUUACUUUGGUGGGGAUUGCCUGUGAAAAUGUCUUGUUCCUCACAAACCUCGGCACAGAGGGCUCCAACUGUCUCCUGCUACACUAAUGGCAUGAUUGUGAGGCUGCAUAGAGAAGUCUCUGAGAACCUGAAGAUCAAAGUAAUGAAUGAGUGGCAGCCUCUACUGAAAGUGUCAGCUAGAUGUGGAUACAGUUUGGUUUCACAUGCAGAAAGUGUUGUCAUCCAUGCCCCGUAUUUGCCAUGCACUGAGCCAAAGGAUGGGAUGUUCACUCUCAGCAUGGCAGUGGAGAGCGUGUUUCAUCUGUCCUGCCCAGCAUUGUCACUUAAUCUUCCCAUUAGCAUGCCUGAUCUAGCACCUGAGAAUUUUACACCUACUUCUAUGCCCCAUGCUCUUGUUUCAUCAACCCUCCCUCCCUCCACAAGUUCAGCAAUUCAGAAGUUGCUUACUCCUCCCCUUCCUUAUUACAUCCCUGGCCAGCCAAAUUUUAAACCAGUUCCUCCUAGUUACUCUUCAAAUGUGCCACCAAUGGUUGUUCCUCAAAGUCCCAAAAUUGUGAGUCCCCCAACUGCUAUAACUCAGAAACCACAAGCACCUGUUUAUGUAAAACGUCCUCAUACUUGGUACCCUUGGUACCCUAAGCCCAGCUUGGGUCUCACUCCUGUCCUCAGUCAAAGUACAGCUUUGCCAUUUCCAAGAAAACCUUUGUUGCCUCCUACCAAGGCUCCUAAAACCCCUCCUGCUCCCCUACUAAAACCCACAAGCAUUCCUCAAGAUAAGUUGAUGCCUACCAUGCCCAUUGUCCCUCCUGCGCAAUGGGCACCUAUGUUUCCACCCAGAAAUUUGGUGUAUCCUUUAUAUCCUGGAAAACCUGGAUUUGUUGCUCCCUCCUCAGCAGUCUUUCCACAAGACCCCUACUGGCCUUAUUCCCAAACCCAAACAGGACCCUCUAAACCACAUGCUCCACCAAAACCAGAGUCUGAACCACCUAUACCUGCCCCUACAAGAAAGGCAGGACCACAGCACUUCCACUAUCCAUGGUACAAACCCUUCCCACCACGUUAUUCGGUAAUGCCGCCUGUUCCUACAAAAGUCCCCCAGAUUAAUACAGUUCCCGCCUCUGGGGCUGUUGCUUCCAAUUCAACCACACAGAAACCAGUUGUUAAAGGUCCUCCAAUGAGCUUAGACUUUGAUUUUGCCCCAAGCACUGAUCCUACCCCUUCACUCCCUGAAUUUCCUGAAGUUAAUACCCCUGCCCCCAUAAAGGCUUGCCUAACUCCAAAUUGUCCAACUUUCUGCCCUGGCCCACCUUCAAUAUCCUACCACCAGCACAACCAUCACCAUUUUGGUCCUCCUCUUCCAAUGCCUAAUCUUGACAUUUCUAUUCUGACUAAAAUUAGAGGCCAAAUGCUGUCAUCUCCUGUUAUAUCUGCAGGUUCAACCCCAUUUCCCCUUGUUCAGGGAUUGGGUUAUAAUUAUGGCCCACUUUCUUCACAAGGUCUAACUGUACGACUAGCUUCAGAUGGUACAGCAGUGCAAUAUUUGGCAGAGAAUCCCAUCAUUAAGGGUACCAAUGCCCCUGAUACUUCAAAGCUUUUGACAGGACCUACUAUAUGUCCCUCCAUUUUUAGGAAGUUGGAGUCAACUACUGCCUCUACACAGAAAUUUGCAAAUGUUUCUCCUGUUAUAAACCCUUUGGGGCCCUCUAAUGGACCAGUUGAUGAACCUCGUGUCUAUUCAAACCAAAGCCCAAAACUUGCAGUUUACCAAGCUGAGAUGGGACAGAAUGUUGCCCCAUGGGGACAUCACAUGCAGCCAAUGCUAGUUGCUCCAAAUAAUUUUCCCUUUUUUGAAAAAAUGCCCCAUGACAUUUCUUCAAACCCUACAAUGCCUCCAGCUCAUGACAAAAAAGGAAAUAUGAAUUAUGGGUAUCAAGCAACUUAUUCAAAUGCUAAGCCCCCUAUAUCUGACUCUCCCACAAAAGACUCGGUCAGCCUGUUGUCAUUACUUCAGCCAUCCAAUAAUCACAAUUCAUUUGAGCCCUUAACCAUACCACUUCAACCAGAGCAAAUUAGUGGUAAAAACCUUCCAGUAAUGAACCCUUGGUUGUAUAACCCUCAAAGUGGAGAAUCUGUGCUUCCUGUUUUUAGGGACACAUAUUGGGUUCCUGCGGUUCAGUCUAACCAGGAUGCAUUGCUCUCCAGCUAUCACCCAGAUGGUUAUAUGAGGCAUCCAUUCACAGUAGACCAAGGAAUGUGGAGAGCUGGAAACUAUGCUAACUAAUAAAACUGUUUAAGUGACUGACAC